AUGGCGCAGGUUUUCAGCGAUGAAGUAAGUACAGUUGAUGAAGUCGUCGGCACAAUGAGCGGAUAUGAGUCUCAAAACAAUGGAAGAAUUCAUAAAAGCCUUGCAGCUUUUCGAAAAAAGGAGGAAGUUGAUUUAUGCCAUCCUCUAGGUCACCAGUCUUACAAACUUGUUGAAUACUUUGAGGGUAUUUUAGGGGUUGCAAAGAUCAAAGAAGGGUUACAAUCCAACUACCUGGAUGUUGGAGGUUUAACCAAGAGCUUAUCAAGGAGAAAUAAAAAAGCGAAGAGAAAGAGGCUCACUAUUGCUGAAGAAUUGGUUGCCAAACUUUCCAUCAUUUUCAUUGAUGAGCUGACAUCAGGUCUUGAUGCUAGAGUAGUUUCCAUUAUUAUGCGUACUGAGAAAUCAAGAACUUAUCAAGGAGCUAAGCACUCCAUAACCAGGCUCCAGUGA